CAUCAGUGCUGCUCUCCAAGCUAUUCUGACGGAUUGCGACAACGAGCUCGCUGGAGUUGGCAUCAGUGUGGAAGGCAGACACAUAAGAAGACUCGAAUUUGCGGAUGACGUAGUCCUGACAUGUUCCACACCGGGAGAAGUUCAAGAACGACUGGAAAUUUUGGACCGAAUAAGUUCUAAUUACGGACUCAAGAUCAAUCAGUCAAAGACUGUUCUUCUGAAGAACAAGUUUUGCCGGAGCCAAGACGUCCUUUUCAACGGAUCCCCCAUCAUUCCCGUGCCUGGUUGCCGCUAUCUGGGUCGCUGGAUCGACAUUUCUGGCUCAAUUGACGAAGAGAUCUCGAGGAGAAUAAGAGCAGGUUGGGGUGCUCUGGUUGGAAUCAAAGAAGUCUUGAGAAUCAUGCCAAACAAGGAAAGAAUCAUCCUCUUCAAGCAAAAUGUGCUACCAGCUCUCCUGUAUGCUAGUGAAACUUGGACUUGUAAUGCUGGAUCCACGUUGAGACUCAAAAGAACUGUCACCGGUCUCAUCGACGCUGCAGAAAUUCGAGGCUGGAACUUCAACUUGGAACGUUACCUCCUUGCAAAACAAUCAAGAUUUGCAGGACACAUUCUACGGAGAGAUCCAAACCGAUGGACAAAAAUCUGCACGGAAUGGGACCCGAGCCACAACAAAAAUUGGAAACGUGCCGUUGGAGGACAGAAGAAGAGAUGGGCUAAGGACAUCGACGAAGAAUACGCAAAAUUCCACCACAAUUCCGCCAUGUCGGGACAAGUCGUUGUUGGGAGAAGAAGACUAGGAAUGCUCACUCCGAAGGCUCCAUGGCUGUCCAUCGCACGAACCGACCGUGAAAAAUGGAAAGAGUUUGUCCGCAGUUGCCUCGCAACUUGAAC